AUGGAAUCAGUCGGGUUCAAUCACAUAUCGACAUAUGUCAGUUACAGACACCAACGGCGUAUCUUGGCUCAGCCGGUGGCGGAUAGGAUAAUUCGAGCUCUACGUCAUCGGAUCCUUCUCCUCCACCGUCCUAACGCCGACACUUUUCACGUACUCGGUGCCACUUGUAACGUCUACACCGUGACGCUAGCAGCAACACCGACUUGCACUUGUCCCGACCGUAAGAAGCCAUGCAAGCACAUCUUGUUUGUCUUAAUCCGAGUUCUUGGCAUUCCCCUCGAUGAUAAGUGUCUCCAGCAAAGGAGACUCAGGCCCUGUCUCCUUUUCCGUCUAUUUUCCGCUCAGACACGACCGGAAUGUCUAGCUAGUAUCCACCUCCAGCAACGGUUUCUUCAGCUUUACUCCACCGUCAAUUCUCAUCACGGCAACACUAGCUCCUCCUCAUCCACCCGUGAACUGGAAAAUGAGAUGGAAGAAGAAGCAGCGACAUGUCCAAUAUGUCUAGACGAUAUAAACGUCAAUAGAAAUGUAACCGGUGAAUAUGUUGGACGCGAGGAGGGAGAAAGAGCGGUGGUGAAGUGUAGAGUUUGCAAGAACAAAGUGCAUGGAGAAUGCAUGCUGAAGUGGAGGACGACGAGUCGAGGACGGCGGCCGGCUAGCUGCGUGGUUUGCCGUUCACGGUGGCGAGUCAAUAGGUCUAGCAAGAGUCCCAAUGUUGUUGGUGAUAACAAGAACAACGGUGAUUGUUACUUGAAUCUUGCUCCUUAUGUUGAUGAGGAUAAUGGGGUUGGCACGAGUCAACGGCCAUGUUGAGGAAGUUGAAAGUUUGAUUGUUAUUUGAUUUUCAUUUAAAAAAUAUAAAUACAUUCAUGUAAUGAAAAAACCCAAGAUUGUAUAGUUAAUUUGAUUUAGGUGUCCUGUUGGUUGGUAAUUAGCCGUGUAAGAUCAAUCUUAUUGAAGUAGUACUGAAACCUAUAUAAAUUAAUGUCGGACGGAGCUAUACCAAAACUAUAAAUUUUUAUUAAUAAAUAAAAAUACUAAUUGAAC